AUGCCUCCCUUCGACCGCGUGAAAGAGGAGAAUGGAGUGACCUUGGAAGUGUCGACGAAUUUUCGAUCCAAUUCAUUCGAGGUCCCGAAAUUGGCCACCACCAAAAGUUACACCAAGGAAAACGUGGCGGGAAUCAAGCGACUCUCGGUGACUUUUAUGGUCUCGAAAAAUGUGCAAACUCUAAGAACGACCUAUGCGGCGAGUCUCAGUAUCAGUAAGGAGAUUCUGGGGACAGGAUGGGCUUUUCAGUCGGGCGCAGAACUGGAUGCGGAUGCUGGCGAGGUGGUGAUUCCACUCAUUUUGACGGACAAAAAGAGCGGGUUCGCUGUUGGAGUCGAAAUCAAGGCCACCGUAGAUCCGCUGGCAUUCAGCGAAAACGGACUCAACUUUAUUUUGUCGCUGCCAAUGCUUGGUAGAAUCGUCACUCUGAAGGUGAAUCCGGGAUCGAGAAAUGUGACGGUUCAGUUUGCAGCCAGCCACGAGCUGCAAACGCUCGAGCAAGCAAUGGAAAAAAGAAACGUCAAUUACUACAGCAUGGCGGUCGACCGCCUCCAAAAUGGAUGUAUUGAAAUUACUGAGAAAAGGACAAAAAGCGAUCAGCAGCAGACUAAUGUGAAUUACAAUGCAAUUCGAGACAAUUCGAACGGGGUGAGAUUCGUCGAUGUACUGGAAUCGGUGGCUGACGUUCUCACCACUCCAUUUUUAUGGGCGAUUAAUCUCUUCUCCGGAAAUGAAACAAAAGAAAAUCAAAAGAAUCUCAAUGUUAACCUCAAC